AUGGAUGAGAGGGAAGGUCUGACGACAGAAGGCGUUUAUCGAGUCAGUGGGAACAAAACGGAGAUCAGGGGACACAGGUCCAGACAGAAGGCGUUUACGAGUCAAUGGCAAACGGACACACGACACAUCACAGAAACGCAUCACGACCACAGUAUCGACUUCGUGGUGAUGGACGUGGCGGUGCACGCUGCUGCUGGAGCUCUGAAGGCGUUUUUCGCCGACCUUCCCGACCCUCUGAUCCCCUACAGCCUGCACCCCGAGCUGGUGGAGGCCGCAAAAAUCGUGGACUACAUCGAGCGUCUGCAAGUUCUUCAUGAGAUCGUGAAGAAGUUUCCUUCUGUCAACUACCAGGUGUUCAAGUUCAUCAUCACACACCUCAACAGGGUGAGCCAGCACAAUAAGUGCACCCUCAUGACGGCGGACAACCUCUCCAUCUGUUUCUGGCCGACGCUGAUGCGCCCCGACUUCGAGAACAAGGAGACGCUCUCCACCACGAAGCUGAACCAGGCGGUCAUCGAGGCGUUCAUCGUGCAGAGCGAGUACUUCUUCCACGGCGGAGAAAUGGCGGAAAGUUCCAGCAACGAAGGAACGCCUCCUCCUCAUCACUGCCACAACAUGGUGGAGGCCCUUCUUCCUCUGCAGCUGCCUCCCCCCAUGCAGCCGCAGCAGAUCCAGCACACGCUGCACCCCGACGCGCUCAUGUAACAGAGAGCAUGCUGGGAAACGCAGUCCGUGAGUUUGUCUGUCUGUCAAGGAGGUGAACGAGACACAUGGGACCGUUUGUUGGAUUUAAAAGUCAUCUGUGAGGUUUUCGAGACGACCGGACGUCACGUUCUUUUAGUUUUUUGGACGCCCUCAUCUAACAGAAGGCAUGCUGGGAAUUGCAGUCCAAUUGUUGCGUCUGUUUGUCAUCGAGGUGAACGAGACACAUGGACCGUUUGUUGGAUUAAAACGUCAUCUGUGAGGUGUGUUAAACUUCCAGAUUAGAGACGAUCGGACGUUACGUUUUUUUAUAGUUUUUUCCUUUUUUGGACGCGCUCAUCUUAACAGAGAGCAUGCUGGGAAACGCAGUCCAUUAAGUGCUUCUGUUUGUCAUGGAGGUGAAUGAGCUUUGAGAGACCGUUUGUUGGAUUAAAACUAAUCCGUGAGAUCUGUUAAAUCCCGGAUUCGAGACAAUCGGACGUCACCGUUUUUUUGGAACUAAUUUUUUCCACCCUUUUACGAGACUGAAUAUAAAGGCUUCGGCACAUAGACAACUCUUUAGCAGGGUCUUACCUGGAUUUACUAAUAAAGAUUCCCCCCCUUUUACCUUCACCCUGAUGGAAUAGCACACUGACCAAACCCCGCUUAAACCCCCCCCCCAAACAACAGAAAAGGGAAGUUCAAACUUAACGACUGCAACUCCAAAAUGAACGCCGACUGAUUCGAUAUUUGACCGACUAACUUACAGACACUUCGGCUCAGGAACCUUCUUCCAACACCGAACACCCGUCAGAGGACAGAACGUCACAACAACCAGUUGGAUUUGUGAACUGAAAACAUAACGAGUUGUUGGAUUAUUUUGAGGGUUUUAAAUACUAGAAAAAACGGAAUAAUCCCUCCCCCCUUCUUCAUGAACUUUGACCCUCUUAACGGACAUAACAGCACAUGCACGAUUUCUGUCAAAGUCCCACUCAUGUCUGAUUAUGUUAUUUUUUGUAUCAUUUGCUUUUUUUUUUAAACAUGUUUUGUGAUGUCUACCCUGUGUGUGUGUGUGUGUGUGUGUGUGUGUGUGUGUGUGUGUGUGUGUGUGUGUGUGUGUGUGUGUGUGUGUGGGGAUCAGGAGGGAAUUUAAGAAACUCGUUACACUCCGUACGAAAGACUUAACGGACUUCACCUCAAACCUCCAGCUGACGCUCUCGUCUCCUUCGAGCGUCUAACUCUCAGCGAGGAAACCACUACGUCGCAAUGCAUUCUGGAUCUUUUCCGAGGCGUCUUCCCGUGUUUGACGCUCUAAUCGUCUUCAUUUCUACCUUCUGUUGCUUUGUUGGAAACUAAAAAUGUGCAUGUCUCUGUUUUUUUGCCACUUAGUGAGAUAUAUAAAAAAAAAAAAGAAUAACUUCAGAUUUAUUUUAUCUGAAUCUUUUGGUUUUGGUUUAAGGGUAACAUUUCCACAGAGAGACUCUCACGAGGAGUUUUUAUUGCAUUUGUUUCUUCUCCGUCAUGCAAGAAAUCCACUCUUUAAUAUCAUAUUUUUGGUUAUAUGUCGAAUAGUUUUCCCUAAAUAGAGGAAAGAAUUAUAUAUAAGUAUAAAUAUAUAUAUAAAUAUAUCAGCAGCAGACUGAUUUAGUGAAAUACCGCGGGGUACUGGGCUGUAUAAUCUGUCAGAAGCUAUACUCAUAUUUGUGUGUGUGUGUGUGUGUGUGUGUGUGUGUGUGUGUGUGUGUGUGUGUGUGUGUGUG